AUGAGGCAAUCAGCAUUUCUUCUUAACAAAUCCCCAAAUAACAAACCACUUUCGCGAAGGGAUAAUUUACGUAUUACAAUAGGAGAAAUUGUUAGAAAAUCCCAAAUUGGUAACGGUCAAAAACCGUCACAAAGAUAUAUGGGAACACAAUAUAAAAAAAAAAGGCAUGAUAUUGUAAUUUACAGAAAGUUGUCGUGA